AUGGAGACUGCCGCCCUGGAGCGAGGAAACUGUCAUACCUGCAGACAGCGUCGGGUACUGGGCUGUUGGCUCAACAAAGAGGCCGGAGAAGCUGCUUUUCGCUGCUGCGCUUGCCUCGAUGAACACGGAAGCGGAGACGUUGCUGACAUGCCAGCAGGGCAGCUGAUCGGAGAUUGUGCGACAAACUGGUGGGCGUGCUCCGAGCCACCAGAGCACCUGCUGGACGUCCCACCAGGCUUUCUCUCGCUCUCACACUGGAAUCUGGGCCAGUCAGCAGCCGAGCUUUUCACCACCGUCUGCGACCCUGACCACUCCUACUUCUCUGGCUUAGGUGCCGAGCGCGUUUGGCACGCUGGACUGGAACUGGCACGGCACUUGUGGCAAUCAUCCUGGCCAACAUCGCCCUCUGUCGUUGAGCUGGGAGCCGGCUGCGGUCUGCCCGGCAUGGUCCUCGCACGACGUGGGGCACGCGUGACCCUCACCGAUGUCCCAUGGUUGCUUAAGCUCAUUGAGUACAACAUCGAGGCGAACUUUGUUGAAGACGACCCCUUGCGCCCAUCGGUGUCUUCACUGCGGUGGGGCAGCCAGGAGGACCUUCGAGAACUGCAGAAG